GAUGGCAGUCCCAGUACUGGGGCGGAACUGAGCUCCAGAUGUCUGGGCGUGCACAGCUGGAGGGUCACGUGGAACGGUCCCAGCCCCCUUCCUGCCAACGUUGCAUUUGGCUCAGGCCCCGUCCAUGGCCGCCCUUGGGACCCUGAGCUGACAGCCAGAGGCCCUGGCGUCGGAGGACCGCGCUGGCGUCGGAGGACCGCGCCCCUCCGGAGGGUCGUGCGUGCGUGGGUGCUGGGUUCCCAGAGAGGAGGAACUUCUUGUUUCUUUAGGCUGCGCUUCAGGCGGAGGUCGACUGCAGGGGAUGAAGGUAGCGUAGCGGACCCUGGGGCGUGGCCUCGGUUUCCUCCUCCCGGGGGGGCGGGGCUGGGAGCCCCGGGCUGCGACCCCUCCGAGUGAAGGCGGGCGCGGUCAUGAGGAGGCUGCGCCUACAGGACGCGUGGCUCACGCUGCUGCUUGGAGCUGCGCUCGGCCUCCUGCUCUACACGCAGCGGGACCGGGCAGCCCCGACCACGAGAGCUCCACGGGUGCAAGGAAGGCAGGCCCCGCGGCCCGCUCCCGGUCGCCGCGCACUCCCGGUCCCCGACGUGGGUGCGGACCCCCCAUCCUACGAGGGGGGCACUCCGGCGCCGCCCACGCUCCCAGGGCCCUUUGACUUCGGUCGGUAUUUACGCGCCAAGGACCAGCGGCGCUUCCCGCUGCUGAUUAACCAGCCGCACAAGUGCCGUAGUGAUGGCGCACGGGGCGGCCAGCCCGACCUGCUCAUCGCUGUCAAGUCUGUGGCUUCGGACUUCGAACGGCGUGAAGCCGUACGCCAGACAUGGGGCGCCGAGGGUCGCAAGCAGGGAGCACUCGUCCGUCGGGUGUUCUUGCUGGGUGUGCCCAGGGGCGCGGGCCCCGACGAGGCGGGCACGCAGACGCACUGGCGUGCCCUGUUAGCGGCAGAGAGCCGGGCUUACGCAGACAUCUUGCUCUGGGCUUUCGAAGACACAUUUUUCAACCUAACACUCAAGGAGAUUCACUUUCUGGCCUGGGCCUCAGCCUUCUGUCCAGAUGUGCGCUUUGUUUUUAAGGGCGAUGCGGAUGUGUUCGUGCAUGUGAGGAAUCUGCUACAGUUCCUAAAGCUACGGGAUCCAGCACAGGACCUGCUUGCGGGUGAUGUGAUUGUGCAGGCAAGGCCAAUCCGUUUGAGGACCAGCAAGUACUACAUCCCGGAGGCUGUGUAUGGACUGCAUGCCUAUCCUGCAUAUGCAGGGGGUGGAGGCUUUGUUCUUUCCGGAGCCACACUGCGCCGCCUAGCAGAGGCCUGCUCGCAGGUUGAGCUCUUUCCCAUAGAUGAUGUCUUUCUGGGCAUGUGUUUGCAGCGCCUGCGACUCACACCUGAGCCUCACCCAGCAUUUCGUACCUUUGGCAUCUCCCAGCCUUCAGCUGCACCGCAUCUUCACACCUUCGACCCCUGCUUCUACAGGGAACUGGUGGUAGUGCAUGGACUCUCAGCAGCUGAUAUCUGGCUUAUGUGGCGCCUGCUUUAUGGGCCUCAGGGGCCAGUCUGUGCACACCCACAACCUGUGGCUGCAGGCCCCUUCCAAUGGGACUCUUAGCUGUCCACCACAGUGUCAAGCUUCUCUCAGGACAAAACAGAAGAGAAGGAAGGGCUUUCCCAUGUGGAUCAUGGUGUAUGUGGCAUUCCUUUAGAUCACUUUGUAUGUAAUGCUGACCCACUGAGAUAGCCAGGGCCAAGGUGGUGGACCAUGUCUUGCCCAAGAGAACUAGGCAUAUCUAAUAGUAGUGGCAAACUGCAAUGAUGUGUGUGCCAGUGAGGAAUUAGUUGUAACUCCUAGGAUGACACUGAUACAAGCAGGUCUCCCCAAGGUCAGGCCUCAUAGCCCUCUUGGACCUGGCAGGGACUCUCCCACUGACAUUCGUUUCCUUCUCCACACUGGAUUCCUUGCACUGGCCACAUCUUUAGAUCUUUCCCCAUCUUGAAGCCAGUCCCUCCUGGGUCAGGUCUGCUUGUAAUAUCACAGAUGGUGCCAUGCACAAAUGUGCUGUGGUCUUGUCCACCACCUAUACCCACACAACUAUGCCAAUGUUGUUCAGAAGGCCGAACCAUCCCCUGCAGAGGGAGGAGUCCUCUAAGAUUGUUGUGCUAUAAAAUUUCCUAUAUUCUUCAACCACCCUUUCUUCAAGAAAACCAACAGUUCACAUUGUUUUAGUACAAACAUCCCAGCAGCAGCACAUACCGAGCUGUUGCUGAGGGCAUAGGUGCUUUAUUGGAAAGGGGGAUGAGAAAGUUUCCUCCAUUUCAAGAGGAUGGAACAGUCCUGGCUACCCCUGACAGUGGGAUGUGCAGGGUCUCUGGCCAGACCAAGGUCCAAAUGGGAAGACACUAGUCAAUCACAAAGUCAUGAGCGCGCCACACAGGCCUGGCUGUAGGCCCAGGACCCAUACAGACAGCUGGGGCAGGUCCCCUGCACAUUCAUCAUGAACUAUACAAGAUGAGGCUGUACAUGAGUUAAUUACAAAAGAGUCAUAUUUACAAAAUCUGUACACACAUUUGAAAAACUCACAAAAUUGUCAUCUAUGUAUCACAAGUUGCUAGACCAAAAUAUUAAAAAUGGGAUAAAAUUA